ACUAGAAACAUAAUGUGUCUCGGAUUUAUGUUUUACAUAACUUCAUUGAAUAAGUUUCACGCAACCAUUGAAGUGAGAAAACAAUUGAUACAUUGUUUAAUGAUUAUGUAGUCUUCGGCCGCUGUUAGUGGAACGGGUGCUUUAUAAAGCUGAUUGUUUUCUUUCCUAAUGUACAUACAAUGAGAUGAAACAAAGGAAAAGGUCAGAAAUGUUUACUACAAUUUGUUUAAUCCCAUUAAAAAAGUAUAGACGAGAAACGCAAGUAUAUAAUGGUAGUAUUAACCGGAAUUCUUUUAUUUUCAGAAUAACAUAGAAAUGUGGAACACAUUGCUUCUGUUUGUUAUUGGUUUCAUAAGCGCCCGGGCAAAGGAGCCAGAACUACCACUAUGCCCUUCAAAUAUGCAAUAUUUACCCCAAAACCUUCCUAUGCAUUGUCGGAUGCCGGUCACUCUGCCUCCAUUCCCUCCACAGAUGUUUCCGAACCCUUCGCAGAUAAAAUCGGGACCUUUUCCAAUCCCACUUCCAGGAAUGCCAGGUCCCCCACCGAAUUCCGUUCCAGGCAUGCCGAUGCCUAUGCCCAUGCCAAUGCCUAUGAUGCCAGUGCCACAGCCGCCAGCUCAGAAGUUGCCCGUUAUCGUAAUGCCAUUUUAUUCCCCCGACACAUCUUAUAAGAAAAAUCCCAUACCACCUCCAAGACCGUCACAUAAAAAACAUAGGAGGCCUAUAAAGAAAAGGAGACCGGUGCGUUAUGAGAGUUCCGAUGAAGACAGCUCCAGUACAGACACUUCAGACGACACCUCAGAUGAACGCGGCUGGUGGAAGAAACCUGUAGUUGGAAGAAGAUCCAACAGACAUCAUUCUAAGAAAAGAAAACAGAACAGGGAACUAUUGACACCAGUUCUUCAGUACGUAACGAAAGACGGAUACGUUAUAUUCGAGAAGAAAAUUUCAAAGGGAGAAGCAAAAGAUUGGCUGGUUAAGAAAAAUACUGAAAUGGAUAAAAAUGACCAACCUGACACUAAAAUUGAAGAAGACCGUAAUUCUAAUGAGGAUCGACCAGAUAAUAGUUUUAAUUUAGUUGUAAAACGUGAAGAGGCCUCAGAGGUUAAAAAAGAUAAAAAUCCAAUGCAAAUACAGAAGAAAAAAGUUUUGAGACGUAAGCCGAUAAAAAUCAUGAAGGAAACUGAAUAAAUAGAACUGAUAAAAAUGUAAUAGAACUUAGAAUUUUGUAUAUUUUUAGUUUUAUAUGAAUAAAUAUUUUAUACAGUGACAUAAACAAAUAUGGCUAUUAUUGUUGUUGUAC